CCUCGAGAUUGGUUAUUGUUAUUUUUUGUGAUUUUAAGGCAGUAGUAUGAAUUAAGUGGCGAGAAGGGGAGACUUCGAGGGAUUUCCCACCGCAGAUUCCACAAUGAGUUUUACAAGUGACGAAGUGAAUUUCCUGGUAUAUAGAUACCUACAGGAAUCAGGAUUCUACCAUGCAGCGUAUGUAUUUGGUAUUGAGUCUCACAUAUCACAGUCGAAUAUCAACGGCGCCCUGGUUCCACCUGCAGCUCUCCUCAGUAUAAUACAGAAGGGAUUACAGUACACAGAGGCAGAAAUUAGUAUAGGGGAGGAUGGCUCCGAGAGACUCAUUGACAGCCUGUCCCUCAUUGAUGCGGUGAUGCCAGAUGUCGUUGCCUCCAGACAACAGCAAAACCAGCAACAAAAAGCUGUAGUCAAAACAGAAAUUCCCAGCACAAACGGUGAUGAAGGGACCACGGGAGAAAACAUGGAUGUUGACAACAGCGUGGAGAUCCCCCUCAACAAGGCAACAAUAUUGAGAGGUCAUGAAUCUGAAGUGUUCAUCUGUGCCUGGAAUCCAACCACAGACCUCUUGGCCUCAGGAUCAGGUGACAGCACGGCUCGCAUUUGGAACAUGAACGAUAACAGUACUUCUCCCAACCAGCUUGUCCUCCGUCACUGUAUUCAGAAAGGAGGCACUGAAGUUCCCAGCAAUAAGGAUGUUACCUCCCUUGAUUGGAAUUGUGAUGGAAAUCUCUUAGCAACUGGAUCAUAUGACGGUUAUGCAAGAAUCUGGAUGACGGACGGACGGUUAGCAUCUACUCUCGGCCAGCAUAAAGGACCCAUCUUUGCGCUAAAGUGGAAUAAGAAGGGCAACUAUAUUUUAAGUGCAGGUGUAGAUAAGACCACUAUCAUUUGGGACGCUUCCUCAGGGCAUUGUACACAACAGUUUGCCUUCCAUUCAGCUCCAGCUCUUGAUGUGGACUGGCAGAGCAACAAUUCCUUUGCAAGUUGUUCGACUGACCAGUGCAUCCAUGUGUGUCAGCUGGGCGAGAACAGACCUAUCAAAUCAUUCCAAGGGCAUACAAAUGAAGUUAAUGCCAUCAAAUGGGACCCACAGGGGAAUCUUCUGGCUUCCUGUUCUGACGACAUGACUCUAAAGAUCUGGUCAAUGCGGCAAGACACUUGUGUACAUGACCUGCAGGCUCACAGUAAAGAAAUCUACACUAUCAAGUGGUCACCGACUGGUCCAGGAACGAGUAAUGCAAAUAUGAAUCUUAUUCUUGCUAGUGCGUCAUUUGACUCAACGGUUCGACUAUGGGACGUAGAGCGUGGUGCCUGUAUACAUACCUUGACAAAACACUCAGAACCUGUAUAUUCUGUGGCCUUCUCUCCAGAUGGCAAAUUCUUAGCAUCUGGAAGCUUCGACAAAUGUGUCCAUAUUUGGUCUACGCAGACUGGGCAGCUGGUUCACAGCUACAAAGGCACAGGUGGAAUCUUUGAAGUGUGCUGGAAUUCUCGAGGAGACAAAGUGGGAGCUUCGGCCUCUGAUGGAAGUGUUUUUGUUUUGGAUCUGCGCAAGUAGUAGAAGGCGGUUAAGACUGAGAUGUGUGGUGAACUGUUAAGUUGAUGUGAAUGGGACAGACUUAUUGAAGAACAGAAUGGAAAUAAGGGUAGGACGCAAAAAGUGCUGUUAAGGAAAAACUGAGAAUAUGGAUAAUAAUUGCAGCUUAGAAAAUGCUUCCGAAGAGAAGGGAAAAAAGGAAGAAAAAAAGACAGAGAAAAAGAGGAGAGAUUGCUUGAGUUUCCUUGUUUUCAUUGAUUCUUAUACUAAAGAUGAUUCUCUAUGUUAAAUGAACAAAAUAAUGUUGUGCAUAGUGUGAGUUUACUUAAAGGGUAUAAUUUUGAAAACGGAAGAAAUGGUGAUGUUGGAGGAAAAGAAGAGGUUGAGGCGAGAAACGAAGUAAUGAAAGAGUUGUUCAUACAAAGCCUCUUUUGUUCUUGUGAGUUCGUUUGAGACAUACUUGGGUGCACUGUUUUCAAGUGGCAUUGUGAAUUUUUAUUGCAUGACAGGUAAAAAUGGUAGUUACCACCAUCUUAUUAUGUAACACUUUUUUUUUUUUUUUCCUUUUUUUUCUUUUUUUUCUUUUUUUUUUGUGCAUCAUUCACAUUCUCUUUAGAUACAUUGUUUUUCCUCAAGAUUAUGGUAUAUGCAGAAUUUGUGCAAUUUUUAGUGUUAUUAAUUUUUCGCAACUUUCCAAUUUUUAAAAAUAUAUUGAAGCCCAGUAAGCAACAACAGGGGAAAAAAGGUUGCUCAUGACUGCCAGAAGCAGAGAUGGUUUGCGCAUCGGGCCAAGGAGAUGGAGGUGUUGAGGCACCGGUAACGAGGUAGAGGGAUCUAGGGUGAGUAGGUCUUUCCUUCUGUCUGUCUUUGUCUUUUUAUCUAUUUAUUAUUUUCCUCUUUUCCUUACGACACUGUCAACUUCUGGCUCUCACAUGUUCAGGGAUUUAGCAUCAAAAGUUAUAAAAUAAAUCAGCAGAUUGUUAUUUUUAUUUUUAGUCACUGUUACAGGAACCUCAGCAUUGAAAUCACUUGGCCUCGUACUUUUGUUCAGAUCUUGCUCACAGGGUAGGCGGAAAUGUGGUUUGUUAGUACCUGUAUAUCAGCUUUUGGAUUUAUAGGAAGGGUUUUUUUUCUUUCAUUCUUUAUCCCUUGAUUUUACAUUUACACUUACGGUUUGACCAGGGAGUCUCAUACUUGAUUUGAAGUGAAAUAGUUGUUGUAUAUGUUGUGUAAUAUCUAUAGUUCUUGGGUGUUAUUUUUCCAGUUUACCAAUAUGUUUGUGAAAGUAACAUAAGACUGGAAACCUGUGUUCCAUUUAUUGAUAUAUGUAAGCAUUAUCCAUUACUUCAGACAUGGUUUCAGCAUUGAAUAUUCCAAGUGGUGUGAUCCCAUUAAUAUCAACUUAGGAUAGUGUGAAUGCCAACUGUUGCAGGUGGAUGGACGAGAUAGCCAACCUUCAGACAGCAAGUCAAAGUGACCUCAUAAACCAGAGUUUCAGCCAGUUACAAAAUGUCCACUUUUUUUUUAGUUUUGAAUGGAAGUUCCCCCUUGAAGUUAAUAAGUUUUAGGAGCUCGUAUUUCAAGACUCUGUCACAAAUAUAAGUAUAAUUUGCCUUGUUCUUUUCUAGGCUAGUAUAUACUAACUUUGUACCUACAGUGAUUUUAGAAUGAAGCUGAAAAUAUGGUAAAUAUUUCAUUUUUAUUACAACCUCUUAGUGAAAAGUGCGUCUCUGUCAGCAGCAUGAACGAAGUGGAAUCCUUUUUGAUGACAGUUUUCAUUAUUUUAAUGAAAGACAUGUCACCAGACACAAUUUUCCCAGUGUUUCAAUUUAUAUUUAAGAAUAAAUCACUAGUUCUUUUUA